AUCUAGUGAAUGCAGGGUCCAGGGAGACCAGAUCUAGUGAAUGCAGGGUCCAGGGAGACCAGAUCUAGUGAAUGCAGGGUCCUGGGAGACCAGAUCUAGUGAAUGCAGGGUCCGGGGAGACCAGAUAUAGUGAAUGCAGGGGUCCAGGGAGACCAGAUCUAGUGAAUGCAGGGUCCAGGGAGACCAGAUCUAGUGAAUGCAGGGUCCAGGGAGACCAGAUCUAGUGAAUGCAGGGUCCAGGGAGACCAGAUCUAGUGAAUGCAGGGUCCAGGGAGACCAGAUAUAGUGAAUGCAGGGUCCGGGGAGACCA